AGUGUGUGUAUCUUUAAUUUCACUCGGUUUCUUUCCGCUCUUCCUUUCUCAUAUUUUCUUUCUUUCCUUCUUUCUCUCUAGCUUUCCUCCAUGUGGCUGUAAAACUAGUCUCCUCUGCACCUUCCUCGUUACUUCCCACUUCUCAUUCUCUCUCUCUCUUUGAGUCUCCCCCACCUUUGCUUUGGACUUUGGACCUCAAAAGAUUCUUGGGUCAGUUUCUUCUUCAUGUGAUCGGUUUGGCUUAGAGACUGUGUGUCUCAGAUUUUCUGGGGUAAGAUAUGGUUGUGGAAGGGUGGUUUCGUAGUCUGUGGAAGACUCCACGGAAGCAUGAGGCUGGUCCUGGGAAGGCUGUGAUUGGAGUGUUAGCAUUUGAAGUUGCAAGCUUGAUGUCUAAGCUGGUUCAUCAAUGGCAAUCUUUAAGUGAUAAGCAAAUUUCUAAAUUGAGAGAAGAGAUCACAAAUUCAGUGGGUAUAAAGAAGCUUGUCUCGGAAGAUGAGGCUUUCAUUGGAAGGUUGAUAUGUGCAGAGAUGUUUGAGAACAUGGUACAUGUGGCAAAAUCUGUGGCCAGGAUUGGGAAGAAGUGCAGUGAUCCUAGUUUGAAGAAUUUUGAGCAUGAUUUUGAGGUUCUAAUCAACAGCGGCAAUGACACAUAUGGGUGGGAAUUUUCAUCGAGGAAGAUGGAAAAGAAAGUCAAGAAGAUGGAAAGGUUUGUUGCAGCAAAUGCGAACUUGUAUCAGGAAAUGGAGAUUUUUUCAGAUCUAGAACAGACUCUAAGGAGAAUGAAGGCUAAUGAUGACUCAGAUGGUGUACAUUUGCUUGAAUAUCAGAAGAAGGUUACAUGGAAACGGCAGGAGGUGAAAAAUUUGCAACAUAUCUCUCUGUGGAACAAGACUUACGAUUACACGGUUCGUCUUUUGGCAGGAUCUAUUUUCACAAUAUUCAGAAGGAUCAAACAUGUCUUUGGAAUUCAACAGAUGGCAGAUCUUGAUGUCCAACAUUCAAGAGAUCUGAAUUCUGAUUAUAUCCCACGCAGCCAAUCAGUUAUUGGACUGUUGCAAUCUUCAGUUCCUUUUUCCAAGAAUGGUCGUUCUAAAUUUGCAUCAGGUCCCCUUGGGGGGUUUAUGGCUAAAUCAGGAACAAUUUCAAGAAAAAAUAAAACCAACUAUUUCUACUCAGGCCCUCUCGGUGGCCCAACCACAAAGUCAGGUCCUAUUUCUGGAAAGAAUAAAAAUGUGAGCUUCUAUUCAGGCCCUCUUGCAAGUGGAGGAAUGACAAAAUCAGGUCCAAUUUCUGGAUCAGAUAAAAUCAACCAGAAGAAGUGGCAGAGUCAUUUGCAGUCACCUUCGACUCAUGGAAGGAAACCAACUUCAAAACCAAACCGACUUACUCAAGUUGGACCUUUUAAAGGAUGCAUGGCUGGAAAUAGCUCUCCAGUUGCCAAUUGUUAUUUAAGUCCGAACUAUGUUCAGUCAGGAAAUCUGGAUGGAGCCAAAGAUAGUGAUGCCGACAUUCUUGCUCCCGGAAUAAUUGAUUGUUCUAAUCUAUCAGUCUUCAAUUCCAAGCGCAAGUUGUUGGAUGCUCCACCUGAAACCCUUGGCGGUGUUGCUUUAGCAUUGCACUAUGCAAAUGUUAUUAUCAUAAUUGAGAAACUAGCGGCAUCUCCACACUUGAUUGGUCUUGAUGCAAGAGAUGACCUGUACAAUAUGUUACCCAUAAGUGUGAGAGCAGCCAUUAGAGCAAAGCUGAAGCCAAUCUCCAAGAAUUUGACUUCAUCAGUUUGUGAUAUGGUUCUUGCAGGAGAGUGGAGCGAUGCAAUGUCGGGGAUAUUAGAAUGGUUGGCACCACUUGCUCAUAACAUGAUAAGAUGGCAAUCUGAGAGGAGUUUUGAGCAGCAGAACUUGGUUUCGAGGACCAAUGUUCUCCUGGUACAAACCCUUUAUUUUGCAAAUCAAGAGAAGACAGAAGCAUUAAUCACUGAGCUUCUUGUUGGUCUGAAUUACGUAUGGAGAUGCGGUAGAGAAAUCAAUGCAAAAGCUCUAAUGGAGUGUGCUAGCAGUAGAAAAUUUGAUGAAUAUUUGGAUAUGGAUAAGUAGCAUCAUUUCCAGCUCGUGGCAAUUAACAACUGAAUUCAGAGUCCCUUGCAACUGGCUGGCUUCCAGAGUUACAUUGGCAAAGAUGGAACUGACUGGCUAGUCCAUAUGAGGCUUCUCAGGUGUACUGAAAAAACACUUGAUCAUUUGCUUGGUACAGGAAAGAAAGCCUACCCUACUCCAUACAUAGUUUAAUACCAAAAGGUAUUCUUAGCUAGUUAAGGUAUUGUUUGAGCCUCCAAACAUUCUUUUCCUUUGGUGAGAAUUCCUAGCAGCCAAAAAAUGGGCUCCUCUAUUUACCAUAAAGCAUAGUUUGUUAUUGGUUAAGUCUGAAAGGUGUAUUUACUAGAAAUACUCUUUUAUAGUAAUAUUGUAAAAGUACAUAUAAAUGGUGUCUUCCUUAGGUAAGACCUCUCAAGGUCAGGCAUGUUUCCUUUUUGAGUGGCUAUCUGUAUUGAUGUAAUUACUGAUGGUGAGUUUUUUAUCCCACAUUGCAAAUGAAAGAGUAUUUUACGCAA